AUGACGAUUGAUAAGUCUUGGAUUUCUUGGAGAAAACGCGGUAAAGAAUAUUGGGAGUGUCUACAAGUAUUUUUGGCGAUGGCUUCAAAUUAUAAAAAUUCUGAUGGGAAAAUUAGAUGUCCUUGUGUUAAAUGCUUAAAUACUCGAUUUGAGCCUUUAAACAUUGUGGAAGCGCAUAUAUUUGAUUGGGGUUUUGAUCAUGGUUAUCAAAAGUGGAUUUACCACGGGGAGUCAGAAACAGAAGUUGUUGCACGGACGGAAGUUGUUGAGCAUAUUGUAGAUGAUGAAGAUGACGAGAUGAUUCCCAUUGUUGAAGAUUUCAUUCGACCAACAACUGAAGAUGUUCAACGCAAUUCUGAUUCUUUUCAAUAUUACGACGAGUUAUUUGAAGAGAUUGAAGCUGAAUUGUAUCCUGGAUGCCAUUGGAUUUCUUCACUUAACUUUCUAGCAAAGUUAUUGCAUUUGAAAGUUCGUGGAAAAAUUCCUAUCGGCGUAUUUGAUGAAUUAUUAAAAUUAUUGAAUCUUGCUUUUCCGAAAGGAAAUAAAAUUCCAUCGACGUACUAUGAGGCUAAAAGGAGACUAAAAAAAUUAGGUUUAGGCUAUGAGUCUAUUCAUGUGUGCGAGCAUGAUUGUUGCUUGUUUUAUAAAGAGCAUGCCACUAAAGAUGCUUGUCCAAUUUGUGGAACUAGUCGAUGGAUUACUUCAACAAAAGCUAAUGGAAAAAGGGUGCCACGUAAGGUGUUGCGCUAUUUUCCAUUGACACCUCGGUUGAAAAGAUUAUAUGCUUCAAGACAUACUCCAAAACACAUGGUAUGGCAUCAUACUGGAAAAUCAAAGGAUGAACGAGUGAUGCGUCACCCGGUUGAUGGGAUUGCUUGGAAGGACUUUGAUGCUAAACAUCCUGAUUUUGCCAGUGAACCUAGAAAUGUGCGCUUAGGUUUAGCUGUUGAUGGCUUUAAUCCAUUUGGCAACAUGAGCCUAGCAUAUAGUAUGUGGCCUGUCGUGUUAGCAAACUAUAAUCUUCCACCUUGGAUGUGCAUGAAAGACAAUAAUUUCAUGUUGGCCCUACUAAUUCCUGGACCAAAAUCACCAGGAAAAGACAUGGAUGUUUUUCUAAGACCAUUGGUGGAUGAGCUGAAAGAGUUGUGGGUUGAUGGAGUUGAUACGAGAGAUUGUAGGACAAACACUGUGUUCAAGUUGCGUGCAGCCCUUUUAUGGACUAUUAAUGAUUUUCCUGCUCGAAGUAGUUUGUCUGGAUGGAGUGGUCAAGGAUACAAAGCUUGUCCAACAUGUAACGAAGACACUUCUUCGAUACGAGUGAUUGGUAAGACGUCAUAUGUAGGUCACAGAAGAUUCUUGCCCAGUAACCAUCGAUUUAGAAGGGACACCAACUUUGAUGGAGAAAUUGAAAGAAGACAUCCACCAAGACGUUUUACUUGUGAGGAAAUUCUCGAACAAGUAAACAAACUUGUGCCACAAGUUCCUGGAAAACAUGACCAAUUUGGUGGUGUAAAACGCAGACGAGUUGCAGAAGAUCAAAAUUGGAGGAAAAAAAGUAUCUUUUAUGAGCUUGAGUAUUGGUGGACAAAUACUUUGAAACACAAUAUUGAUGUGAUGCAUGUGGAGAAGAAUGUGUGUGACAGUCUGUUGAGCACAAUCUUGGACAACGAUAAAUCAAAGGACACAACUAACGCAAGACAUGAUUUGAAGAAAUUAGGAAUAAGGGAAUGGAUGUGGAUUUAUGAAGAUGAUAAUGGCAAGUUAAUGAAGCCACACGCCUAUACGUCCUCAAAGCUGAUGAAAAAUUAA